AUGGACAGCCGCGUCCCCGCCAACUCCAGCAAUUGCUCGGAUGCCUUCCCGCGCUUGGCAAGUUGCAACCCAGCACAGAGCCUCAGGUCCUGGGUCAACUUAUCCCACCUCGAUGGCAACGCGUCCGACCCGUGCGGUCCGAACCGCACCGCGCUGGACGGGAGCGACAGCUUGUGCUCUCCGGCCGGGAGCCCUUCCAUGGUCACGGCCGUCACCAUCAUGGCCCUCUACUCCAUCGUGUGCGUGGUGGGUCUCUUCGGAAACUUCCUGGUCAUGUAUGUCAUUAUCAGGUUCCAUUGACUGCACCCUGUCAUUCUCUCACCCAACCUGGUACUGGGAAAACCUGCUGAAAAUUUGUGUCUUCAUCUUUGCCUUCAUCAUGCCCGUCCUCAUCAUCACCGUGUGUUAUGGGCUGAUGAUCUUACGCCUCAAGAGUGUCCGCAUGCUGUCUGGCUCCAAAGAGAAGGACAGGAACCUGCGCAGAAUUACCCGGAUGGUACUGGUGGUUGUGGCUGUGUUCAUCGUCUGCUGGACCCCCAUUCACAUUUACGUCAUCAUUAA